UCUUUAAGUCCGUGGCUGGCUGGCUCCUCUUCAGUUCGUUGCUGACCAUCGUUACGUGCGGACGUGCCCAGCUCAGCUCAUCUCCGUGUGAUGUGGCUGCACUUUGCACACUUAACUUAAGACCUGAGCCCCAAACAUUUUCAAAUCUGAAUACCAAAAGUGCCGCGACGCGAGUGACAAAUAAAAACCCUUCGCCCCAAAACAAAAAACGCACAAAACAUAUAUUAACGACUGCAACGAGAGGAGUACCGCAGACCAGCAAAAUAACCCAAGGCAGUGGGUAAAAAUCGAAAGAAAAAAGCAGCCAAAAAACAUACAAAAGGAGGGAAAAGCGAGAAAAGCGAGAAAAGCGAGAAAAGCCUUCCCAGGGAGAUCCGAGGCAGCUUCUUGGAGAUUGGAGAUUCAGAAGCGGCAAUGACGACGACUGCGACUGCGAGGCCGUCAGCAACAUCGAAAAAGCAACCUGCGAUCGCAAUGCUCAAUGGAAACGCUUUUACGGUUAAGCGGCUCUUAGCGCUGCUAAUCAUCGUUACAGUUGUGGAUGCGAGUCGAGCAUUGGAAUUGGGGGACAAGUGCCAGCAUGAUAUGGACUGCACGGAUUUCAUCAAGGGCAGCAGCUGCUCCGCCCUCGGAUACUGCGAGUGCGCCCCCUACUUUGUCCAGUUGAAUUCCAAGCGCUGUUUGUCAUCGCAACUCCUUGGCGGCGACUGCCAGCUGAGCGAACAGUGUUCCAUGAAAGUGGCCAACAGCAGUUGCCUGGAGGGGGCAUGCCGCUGCGUCGAGGGAUUCCUGCAGUUCCGCAAACAUACCUGUCUGGGACCUGCCCAUCCUGGCGCCGUUUGCUACAGCCACGCCCACUGUCAAAUGUUCGACACCCGCACCCACUGUGACUUCCUCAUCCCGAAUUUGUUUGGACGCUGCCAGUGCACGAGUCCCGCCAAGAUGGUUGCUGGUCUCUGUGUGGCCCCGGCUGCUGAUCAGGAGGAUCAGAAGCAGGAGCAGGCCAUCGAGAAGGUGGAGCAGCCAAGCACUACCACGACGACGACGACGACAACAACAACUCCUAAGCCCACUACCACUACAAGGAGAACGACGACGACGACGACAACAACUACAACGACGACAACUACUCCUGCACCCACAACAACAACCAGAAGAACAACGACAACUCCUGUUCCCCUGCUCCUAGAAGACGAACUGCCCGCCAGUGUGGAGGAGCAAUCCCUCGAAGAGGACGAUGGUGAGGCCACCAAGCUGAGACCUGAGGUCACCGAUGUGGACAAUGGCGAGAAAUUAGAGGCUGUGGACAUGGCCCAUGAGGAAACUGAACUGACACAGCAGCAACACCAAGAAGAGGAGCAGCAACAUCAGGAAGAGGAGCAUAAAAAACAAGAAGAGGAGCAGAAAAAGCAGGAAGAAGAGCAGAAAAGGCAGGAAGAAGAGCAGAAACACCAAGAAGAGGAGCAGAAACACCAAGAAGAGGAGCACCAGCAACCUCAAGCGAUCAUUCCUCAACCAAAUGAGCCGGAGAAUAUCCAAAACUCUCAUGACGCCACCACUGGAGUACAGCAGCUACUGACUCCCGCCGAUUUGCCCACCGAGAAUGCCAUUAGUGUGGACCAGAAAACCGAAGCUGGACCCACCGAAGAUUAUCCCUACAAGAUCGAUGAGGAGUACGCCGAGGAGCACGAUAGCAAGCCAGAAGUACCAGAGCUGACUGGAGAGCAGUCCGAACACGAAGAGUCGCCUGUGGCGCCCAUCGCAGCGGAUGAGGAGGAGGCUGUGGAGGCCUCGGGUGGGCAGGAGAUUGCCUCAUCGCCCAUCGACGACACCAUGAAAUUUGAUUACGAAUCGCCAGUCGACGAAGCUGAGCCCGAAAAGGUGGCAGAGGUACCCCAGCAGACUAAUGAGGGGGUGGUGCCCAUCGAUACCGAGAGCGAAACUGACGCGGAGGCCAGCACCGAGCACCACAUCCAGACGCAGCUGCUGGAGGAGGACGAGGAACCAGAGCCAGAGCCAGAGAAAGAGCCAGAACCCGAACCCGAACCCGAACCUGAGCCAGAGGCAUUCCAGACAGUGGCCGAUGAAGAACUGAUCCCAGUUAAUGAAGCUGAAACCGAAAGUGUGACGAAGGCAGUCGAAGCGGCCGGGGAGGAGAUGCCAGAGGAUCUGGCUUCGGGGGAUCAUGAGCUGGAAGUGGCCGUGGCCAACGACGAGGUGGGGCCAACAGAAGCGUUGAACAUCGAAGUGCCAGCCCAGGUGGAGAGUGAAAGCCAAGUUGUCGAGGUGGGAAAACCGGAGCAGCCAGAAACCGAAAUGGAAAUAGAAAAACAAGUGGAAAAACAAGAAGAAAACGAACAAGAAGCAGAAACAGAAACAGAAACAGCAGUAACUGAAGCCGCAGAAGUGGAGCUGGCGGCCACUGAAGCCAGGCCCGAUAUGGAGCCUGAGAUCGAUCAGGCGGAACAAAGCGCCGACAUCAAGCCGACAAGUGGCGAAGAUGAUUUAAAUGAAGCCAAUCAAUUAAAUCAAGACCAAGUCACCGAGCAGCAGCAGCAGGAGGAGGAAGGGGAAGAGGAGAUCGGUGAGAACGAGCCCGAACAGGUGGUGGAAGUCCAUCAAGACGCAGAAACAGAUGCAGAUGAAGCCACAACAACAGAGAAACCAGUCCAAGAGCUGGAGCUGGAGCAGGAGCAGGAGGUGGAGGCAAUCACCGAAGCAGAGCACGAACAAUUGACAUACCCAACAAAUGAUGAUGAAUUGGCGCCAGUGGAAACAGAACCAGAGCUGACCACAGAGGAACCAGAAAUUGCUGAGAUUACCACCGAGUUGAACGAGCAGCAGCACCAGGAUGAAGAGGAGGAGCAGCAGCAGGAGGAGGAGCAGCAUGAGGAGGAGCAGCAGGGGGAGGAGCCCGAAGAAAAUGCAAAUGCAAUUAAGACGCCCGAAGUGUCGGAAGCAAUUGCAGAGCCCCAGACAGAGAUGGAAAUCCAGUCUGCCGCCGAGAAAGAAGAGAUCGAACCAGAUGUCGAGCAGGUAGCCGAGCAGAUUCCACAGACUGAGCCCGAAGUGGAGUCCACGUCCACUAAUGACGAGGUGACGUCGCAGGUGAAUGCUGAUCAGGUCAAGCCAGAGCUGGUUAUUAACAGCGAUGCAGACAGCACUACGGAAGCCACUGAGGAACCCGCUCAAACGGAGAUCGUCCCCGAAUCCGAGUCCGAACCAGAAACCGAGGCCAGUGAAAGUGCCCCGACUCUAGAGGAGAUCAGUCAGCAGCAGGAUGCAGCCGAGGUCGAGAAAACUGAGAAUGACAACAUUAUCCAGGGAGCAGAGCCCAACGAAGAGGAGGAAGUGAUACCCGAGCCAGUGGCUGAGCCAGAAAAGGAGGAAUCCCCAGUGGCAGUCACCGAAGUCCAGGAGGAAACCCCAGUUGCCCAGGAAGAGGAUGAGUUGGCCAAGCCGGAGUUGGACUACACCAGCAUUGAGCAUCUUCAGGAGAUUUCCCCGCCUGGGGAAGAAACCACAGCUGCCAUUGAAGCGGCGGAAGCCGAAUCCACCUUGGCCCCGGAAGUUCCCGAAGCACCCAUUUCCAUUGUGAGUGAGGAGCACGAUCCGGAGAAGUAUCCCCAGAACUUCCAUGAGAGCGAGAGCAUUGCCGACAUUCUGAGCGACCUGAUGCUGGAGGGAGACAGCACUGUGCCCCCGGUGCCAUUUGGUGAGCAGCCCGCCCAAACGGUUCCCAUGGUGGAGGCCAACUCGGAGAACGAGGAGGAGCAGCCGCACGAAGCCAUUUCCGAUCUGCAGGCCGAGGCCGACGAGACCCAAGAUCACGUGGAGCAAGUGCAGCCGGUUGAGGAGCCAGAACCUGCCAUUCCCGAACUAUUCGCCGAGGCAGCCAAUGAUGAAGAGCAGGAGGAUGAAGAGCAGCAGGUGACCCCCGUUCCAGAGCAGCCUGCGGAGGAUCAACCAUCUCAGGCGGUGGAGGAACAGCAGCCCAUAAAGGAAGAAGAGCAUCAGCAAAUUGAAGAGGAUGCUCAGCCAAUUGUAGAGGAACACCAACAAGAUGAGGAGGAGCAUCAAGAAGGCGAAGAGCAGCACCAGCAGGAUGAGGCGGAAGCCCUUAAGCAAGAGGAACCGCUGGAAACCGAAUCCCUGCCAGAGGAAGCUACCACAGAAAAGUUGCCGGAGUCCGAGGAGGAACGCACUCUCUCACCCGAAGAGCUGCCCUUCGAUCUCACCGAUCACUCCGAUGCCAUCCGCUUCAAUGAGCUGGAGUCGGACAACCUGAUCCUGGAAUCCACCACCAGCGUCGAUGGUCUGCAGGAGAUGGAUAGCAACCACAUCGAGGAAGAGCCCGCAGCUCAUGCGAUCCCGCAUGAGGAGGCCACUCCAAAUCCCGCCGACAUUGUGGAGAUCACCACACAGACCAUGUUGGGCUUGGCAAGCCGGGUGACCCUCAUGGAACCCGCUGCUCCCGUGGUGACCACUUUGAUGCCCCUGAUGACCGCCGAUGAGCCCACUCCGGAGCCAGUUGCCCCGGCUGCCAUUCCUCCCGCCUCUCUGGCCGCCAUCAAGCCCGGUUCAGAGCUUCGCAAGCGCGUGGACUUGGGUCUGGAGGCGGUCUCCCUGGGAUUGGCCUGCAGCAGCGAUCGCCAGUGCCAGCUGGCCGAUCCCCACACCGUUUGCAAUGGACGUGGAGUCUGCGACUGCGCCGCCGGAGAGCAGGGAACGCAGUGCAGCGCCGAGCGAACCGGAUGCAGUCCGGGAACCUUCCAGUGUCGCUCGAGUGGCGUGUGCAUCUCGUGGUUCUUCGUGUGCGACGGACGGGCCGACUGCAACGACGCCUCCGACGAGGAGUGCACCCACAAUGCCCGCCUGAGCCAGAGCUGUCCCGCCGAGUCCUUCCGCUGCCAGCGGAGCGGUCGCUGCAUCUCGCGGGCGGCCCUGUGCGACGGCCGGCGGCAGUGUCCGCAUGGCGAGGACGAGCUGGGCUGCGACGGCAGCUUGAGGGGCGGCAACGCCUGUCCGGAGCACACCUUCCGCUGCGGCAGCGGCGAGUGCCUGCCGGAGUACGAGUACUGCAACGCGAUCGUAUCCUGCAAGGAUGGCAGCGACGAGCCGCCGCACCUGUGCGGCUCCCGCGCCCUCCCCAACCUCUUCAUGCGCCUCAUCGAGGCCGGCGGCCUGCUCGGCGGGGGGCGGCGGGAGGCGGACGCCUACUGCCCGCACCGCUGCAGCAACGGUCUGUGCCGCUCCACCGCCAUCGUCUGCUCCGGACGGGAUGGCUGCGGCGACGGCACCGACGAGCAGACCUGCGCCGUCUGUCGUUGUCCCGCCCCGACUGCUGCCAGCCUGCCCGCUUUCCUGGCCCGACAACGCCCCAUGCCGCUGUGGUAGGAACCUGCACCACUUGCAGCAGCUACAACACCUAAAAAGCAACCACUUCCGGUCACCAUUUUGACCGAUGUUUUGCCACAAACUGUCUUCCGACCCCUUCAAAAUCUAUCGCUAUACCUGUACCCAGCCGCAUUCGAAACGAUUAUUGUCUAGCAUUUAAGUGGAUAUUUAAAAAUAAUUAUUUAUUUAUUUAUUAUGACCUUAGCUGCGUCCAAGCCACGCCCAAUUGCCACCUUGCUAUCAAAGGCGGCUUUCCGCCCCCUUUGAGCCAGUGAUGUUUGUCAAUUGCGCCACUGGACGCAACCCUAAACCACAUAUGUAUGCCACCACACACCACAAAUGACACACCCAAACAUCGCCCCCAUUUCGUCUAUUUAUUCUACUCAUCUGGACCAUCAAAACUAUUUAUUUAUUACCCCAACACACCUCACCCACAAACAGACACUACAACACUCGAAAAGGAUUCUUCAUUUAACUUAGUUUUAUGCAAUUUUCCAAUUUAUUUAAAUUAUUGGCCAGGCAUACCAGUAACGGAAAAGAUAACGAAAACCAUGAAAUGAUGCAUUUUUAUCGAUAAAUAUUUUGUAAAUAAGAGUAAACGUGUUCGAUGUACAUGAUAAACGACAAUGCCUAUAAAGAAACGUAGGGUAUCUAACAUAACACAAUCAGAUCAUACUCCCUAUAUAGUUCAUUAUAUGUACGUACGUGUGAGAGGCACUCACACACUUUUCUCAAAGUCAAAACGCAUCACAAUAAAGCUACAAAAAAUAAAGAGAUGACAAUAAAAAAUUUAUUUUUAGAAAACU